AUGAGUAGUAUUCCUGCAUUCAUGCGUGAAAGAAAAUUUGAGGCAUGUGAGUAUAGCAUUCUUAUCUACACAUCCGGCUGCGGAAGUGUCUUGGCGAGCGACAGUUGCAUAGAGUUUGUAACACCUGUUAGCGUAAACUUCCCUAAGGAGUUUGUUCUCAGAGAAAAUAGAAUAUUCUGCAAGACAAAAAUCGAAGGCUGCCAUAGGAAACUUAGAAUCGUUAAGAUAGAAAGGAUCUCUGGAUCCUGCAAUGCAUACGCAGUAUUGAAGAGGCUGAUUCCAAGUGUCUUUGAUGUUAGGUUCAUAAGAAAAGCCAACCUCCAAAGCUAUUUAUAUUCAAAUAGGGAUCUCAUAAUGAGAUCAUCUACAAGGAUACUGGGAAAAGAAGUUGUCGGCCAAAUAAGCCUGUGGAACAGAAUUAAUUGGCACCACGGGCAAGAUCCAGGGGCUUCUUCUCCAGGCGAGGUUAGAGAUACUUCUAGUGACAUUUUAAUAUCAGAUUAUUGGUGA